UUCACCAGCAGUGCAGCAUGGACUUGUGCGCGAGACACACUCGCAUUCAAAUACUGGUAGCCUCCUCGGUGUCGUCGUCGAACGUAAACAAAGCGAGGGCGACAAUAGUUUCGGGCCGAAGUGUUGACUCGUAAGAAUAAGCAGUCGGUUGGGGCUUGGCGACGAGUGAAGAAACGAUGUGGAAUUGAAGGCACAUCUCUGGAGGAAGAAGGAUUCUGAUGUUGAGUAGUGAUAAGUGACCGGUGCGGUGUCGUCGUUACUCUUUAAUAUUAAUCACUGAAAGAAGGAUAAAAUGCUCGAAAUUAUUUGAUUGUCACGUUUAUCGUUUCGGUUUGUUCAGAGGAUACUUAACGUCGAUCGAGGCGUCCACGUACCCGGGGUAAAGCGCGCGGUCCGAUUUCGGGAAAAAUGUAAGCUUCUCAGGGAUGGUUGUUCUUUGAAGAGCGAGAUAACACGAGACAGUUGCUCGAAGCCAGGAUAAACGAUGCUCGCGAACCGUUUGGUGCUCGUUAUCGCGGCUCUUGUGCUUUUGGUGCAGGGGGAAAGCCUCGAGGGGCCCCUCGCCCCGCAACAGGACGUCGCGUUCGUUGGACGGAGGAGCGAGGAUCGUCGUCGGGUCAACGAAAAAGAUGGCAGUUCGAGUGACAACCGCCAGGGGAGAAUCGGGUCGAGCGCGACGGAGGAGGCACCGUCGUCAAAAGCGAAGCGGGAGCAGGCCCUGCGGAGCAUCCUCACGGCCCGGCGUCGGCAACUCCUCGGCCCGAGGCUCUCCGACUUGUCGAAAAAGCAAUCAGCAAAGGUGGCGAGACCGGUCGCGCUCGUUCCGAAGGACCCGCUCGACGUGCUGGACGCGCAGGAGACGCGUCACGGUGUUUACGUCACGGCCCCGCUCGGGGACCAAGUCUCCGUCAUGAUGAGCGCCGACGACGAAGACGCGCUGGAACUUCUGAGCCGGGAAAACUUGACGACCGGGAGAUCGCACCCUGGCGACGGGGAGAUCGAGCAGCCUCCGGACAGCGUCGACGACUCGACGAAGAAUUCCCUUCUCAUCAGAAUCAACGAAACCCAGAGUCCGUGGGCCCUGCCAGAAUCGAAGGCCAAUGAAACAGCACCGGGGAAAAAUAUCUCCCAAGCGAUAUCUCGCUCGCAGAAGAUUUUCGAUAACGAAAAUCGACGAAAAAAUACCGUAGCGAUGCCCGAGUCGCUCUACAACCACUUUCGACCGGUCGAAAGCAACAUACCCGUUGAAGACAUGUCUCAGUUUCUCUACUUUGGGCAAAAAUUGAAUCCCGACAGUCAGAACAACCCAUCGAAAAACAACAACUCCCUGCUCGACGGAACAUCGACGGCCUCGAACGGCGCAAACUCCAGACGACGUUAUCCGACCAAGAGGUUAGGUACAACGACCCCGACAGCUGUGUCGCGCCUCGAGAACAUAAUGAACGAGGAAAUGAGCAUGGAGCUCGAGCGGAGCACGAUCGAGAGAAAUAAAAUACCGAAGAUGAAGAAUGUCCUGAGGAAUGUUGGCUCGGGAACGUAUUACAGGAAAGCAGCGAUCAGGCCCUCGGACUCUAUAAUCGUAUCGAACGUUAUACUCGCGCGUGAAACCCCAAGAAACUCGUCGGUCCUUUCGUACGGCCAGCAGCGAGAGAACGUUUUGUCACGGACGAGUGGCGGGCCCGGAGCAGCGGCAGGGGGGGACGCCGGCGCUCCCGUUGACGGGGACCAGGCGGCGGCUGCAGCGGCGACGAGCGUCGAGUCCGCCGAAGAAAGCGAGCUUGGCCCGGACUCGAUCGCAGUCGCUGCUUCGGCCCACCGAGCAUGGAACCACACAAAUGAUAAUGAUUCGACCCAGUUUCGUCGUGCUCACGUGCCGGAGAAAGACGAAAGGCGACACCAGCGGGAAAGAAACGUUGGAGCGAUGCAGCGAGGCGAUAAACGCCUCGGUGGCCUCGACGGCGAGUAUAUCGGGGACUCGAAAUCAAUUCCGAAAACAGGAAUUACCGACGAGUCCGUUUCCCGGUCUUCGAUAAAUCGGGAUUACGUUGAUGCCCAAGUGGCAUCGACCUCGCGGAACGAACUGAUCAACAGGAUCACGACCUGGCAGUCGGUCCACGAAACGACCACUUUCUCCGCCGAUUUUCAGGCUGGCAACGACCCGAGAUUGUCAUUCAGCACUAUGAACGAUUUGACAGGUCCAGCGGACUCUAAACUGUCGUCGAUCAUUCCUACGGUCACGACGAACGCGGCCCCUUCUUCCCCGCUGAGAAUCAUCGUCACCGAGCCCGUCAGCUACGACGUCAAAGACCAGAAGGAAGCUACGAGACAAGGGGACGAGGAAAAGGAGAAAAACGUUUAUGCCGAGGCCUCGAGAGGCGUCCUCGAUCGAGGAUCUUCGAGGAAAAAUCAAACUGUCUACGGAGAUGAGGAAUACGAAGGGUCCCCUGAAUAUUCAAGGGUUCCCAGACCCACUGCGACUACAUCCUCUUCGCCGGAUCGUUCUACCGAGAAUACAAGUGUUUUCGGCGCUCCUUCUCCGAGCGGAUCAAGGGUCAUGCGUAACGACGAAAAUGUACCUGUUUCACCGGUCAAUACGGUUGAGUCAGCGAGCAAGAGCGAGAGAAGCGAGCAGCACGGUAAACAGCAACACGCUUACGCUUACGAGAUAACAAACGUGACGCGGCUGUUGCGCAACUACACCGGACCUGGGUUAAACAUCGCGGUGGAAGAGCGAGCAAAGGAGGAAGAGGAGAGGGGCACGCGGAGAAAGGAGAGCGGGCAAACGGAGCAGGGGGAGAAGGAGAAGGAGGCGGAGGAAGAAAAGAGGAAGAAUACGAGCGGUAAAAAGGAGAAGAAGCUUCGAGACGAACGGAGCGAAGAGAGAGAGAGAAACGCCGGGGCAACAGGGGCCAAGGGGAAGGGGGAGGGCGAAAGAGGUCCAGCAUUGACGAGGAGCAGCGCCGGCAGCAUCCCGGAGAUAAGGAACGUCGGUGGAUCGGUACAGCCGACACCACGGAGGCAACCGCCGCUUCCUCUUGUUCUUCCUACUCCGCGGAGAGAAGCGGCGAGCAGCAGCAGCAACGGUGGUGGCAAAGUAGAACCGGCGCGCACCACUGGCCAACUCAGUGCCGGCACGGACGUCGGCGAAGGAACUGCUGCGAGUGUUAGUGGCCGCGACGACGGUGAUCGCGAUCGCGGUGCUGCUGGUGCUGCUAGUGUGCUUGGUGCUGGUGCUCGUGCUGCUGAUGCCGGUGGCAGUGGUGGUGGUGGUGGUGGUGGUGGCAACGAUAUCGAAACGAGCAACACUCCGAUCGUGGCUUCUACGCCGUUCGUUACCAGCCAACCUGCUCGCGUCGAGAACCCAAGCCUCCGCGGGAACCUCUCCGCUGUGACCUCUUUACCGAAAUUCCUUAUACGAGCGCGAAGCCGCGACGAGGUCACGCAGAGUGCGAUACUCGCGUCCACUCUCAGGUGGAACCACACCGGAAAUAACGGACUGCCGGAUGAGCGAGAAGAUUUUCUCGGCAAGGAUCGGCAGUACCUGAGGAAACCAGCGAGCGCUGUCCUCAAUCAGAGAACCCUCGAGGAGGGCAUCGCCAGAGAGGUCAAGAGGCGCAGAGGCGGCUCGUCCUUCUCAACGGCCUCCGGGAACCACAGAAGACUCAAAGCUCCCCGAAACGGUCCCGUCGACGAGGAUACCAAAAUCUCCGUUUCAAAAUACAUGCAAAAUCGCACCGCUCAAACCAACGACGAGUAUGUGCCCAGCCAAGUUACUGUGAAUCUCAGUGCCGUUACUCCCUCCACGAUGGAAACCCAGAGCCCCGAAUCCACGAGCCAAAUCGAUGGAAUCUUCGAAACUGGAACCACCCUCCUCCCAGCGACCACCAUCGAGUCUCCCUUGACAGAAGAGACGAACGCCCCCCUUCCGGAAGCUGCUCCCAAGGAGGCCCUCGCUUCGACCUCACAUCCGACGACGAACUUCCGUUCUAAUAAAGUUCUCACUACGAUUAAAGUGCCCGAUGGAAACUCCGCUGCGACCUCCACUUCGGAGAGUGUUUCGAGCCCAGCCCGGGCUACUACGAACUCCGUACAAACGACGCCGAUAUCAGUGACAGCGACGACGACGACAACGACGACGACGACCGCAGCCCCGCCUGUUUUCCCGGUGACACCGAGAAUGUUGGAGGAACCAAGAGACGGUGCUGGCAAAAUCGAAAGCAAAUCGGUCGACGAAACGAAAACCGAAGCCAACGGACCGUUCGGCCUUGCCAAAGACCUCGAUCCCUCGGAAAUUCAGAAAAUGUACAGAUCCCAAACGACCCCGAAAGCUGAGCCGAGCGUCGCAACGAUGCUCCCGGAGUUUGAGGAAUCGACGAAUCCGAGCCUCGAUCUCACCACGCAGGAGCGACCCCGGCCCGUCUACUCUGCCUCGAAUGCUUCGAUCUCGAGGUCCCCCGAGGUCAGAGGUCGCAACCUCUCGGACAAGAGCAACGAGAACGACGAUAUUUUGCCGAUAAUGGAACUCUACAACGCUUCGAGCAUCUUCAACGCUACCGGAAAAGACUCGCCGGAUUCCGUCAACACCGCGAAAACGACUCUUCAGCUCCCUGGCAGCGACGAGCCCAGACCCGGCUCGCCGGACGAGAUAACCACGACGGAAGAGACUCCGGAGCCUGCUCAGAGGCCAACGGGCCGGAGAAACGAGCAGCACAACUCGAGCGACUCUUCAGGCAUUUCCAGGAAAAAUAACAAACAGCCGAUCGAUCGUGAGCAUCCCCAUGUGCAUAGAAUCCCCACCAAAAUUUCCAACUCAACCGGUCACGAAAGUGCCUCGAACUCGAGCCAACCGAACCGGACGAGGUACAGACCGAGUUACCAACAAACCGCUGUGCCAGAAUUCUUCGGCUAUCGGCCCGAAUUCAACUCGAGCUUCUUCGAACCGGGUAUGAUGGCUGUUAGUCCCCGUGAGUCGAUCAACAUCAGUGAAGUUGUGACCAAGAGACACGACGGCGACACCCUGGCGACGCAAGAGACUGUCGCGGUCGUCAGUUACAUCCUCGCUACCCUCGUCGUCUUCCCAAUCGCCGUUGGCGUUGGGCUCAUCCUCAGGAGGCUCAUCAUUAAGAAUCGAAAGGUGCUCGAGGAGUCCGACACGUCAUCGGAGAUAAGCUGCAGGAAGGACGCUCUCAAUCUGGAGAACGGUGAUUUUAAAACAUCGAUUGAAAAGGCGAUUACGAAACUACCGAGAAUCCAGCACUUGUGUCACGAAGCGGAAAAACCGCCGCCGCCGCCGUCGCAGGAGUCCGAAAGAUGGGAAUUCCCGAGGGACAAGUUGCGACUGCAGACCGUUCUGGGCCAGGGUAAUUUCGGCCAAGUGUGGAAAGCGGAGGCUGACGACCUGACCGGUCACCAGGGCACGACGAGGCUCGUUGCGGUUAAAACGGUCAAGGAAGGUGCGUCUGCGAGGGAGAAGGAGGACCUCGUGAGGGAGCUCGAGAUAAUGCAGCAACUCGGCAACCAUCCGAACGUCGUGACGCUCCUUGGAUGCUGCACCGAGGAGGAGCCCCACUAUCUGAUCCUGGAGUACGUCAUGUAUGGAAAGCUACUUGCUUAUCUGAGGGAUCAUCGUACCAGGCAGGAUUUUUACAACUUUAGCGAAGAUUCUGCUGCCCUGACAUCACGUGAUCUCACCGUAUUUGGUUACUGCGUUGCUCGCGGCAUGGAGUACCUCGCUUCUAAAAAAAUUAUCCACAGAGAUCUCGCCGCCAGAAACGUCCUCGUCGAUCAUAACAAACUGUGCAAAAUUGCUGAUUUCGGCAUGUCCAGAUUCGCCAACGAAGACGGCGAAGUUAUCGAGGCCAGACACGGCAGAAACGCUCUCCCCAUCAGAUGGAUGGCACCCGAGUCCCUCAUCUACUCCCUUUUCACGACGAAAACCGAUGUCUGGAGCUUCGGCAUACUCAUGUGGGAAAUUGUGACCCUCGGCUCGACGCCGUAUCCCGACAUGGCAGCUCGCGAAGUGAUGAGGAACGUCCAAAACGGUUACAGGCUCGAGAGGCCGUCGCAUUGUCGAAGCGAGUUGUUCAGAGUGAUAUCGAGAUGUUGGCACGCCGAUCCUGACCGCAGGCCCGAAUUCCAGACCCUGAGGAGGGACAUGGCUCAAUUAUUGGAAGACAACUUGAACGGCCACUACGUCGAUCUCGAAAGUUUUGCAUCCGAGUGCACCGACUGAGCUCUGCGAGGGCUUUCGAAGGCGAGAUCAAUGCGAAGUUAACUCGAACGAAUGGUGUUGAGAAUUACGAUAACUUCGAGGCGAAUAUUUCGCGCUGGUACUACGAUCGAAUGGCAGUUUGAUCUUCAUGCUGAAAGCCAUGAAAAAAAGACGCUCAUAACGUUUAUAAUAUUUCGUUUACGGCUCGAUUAAUUGUUGCGAGGAGCCGCUGCUGACGUACAAAUUUAAGAAAAAGUGCCGGCUGAAGUAUAAGAAAGAAUAACAAGGAAAAUUAUUUUCUAUGUGAAUAUAUCCUUGGGAGAUGAGAUCGAAGGAUCUUUCGCGUACACAGCCAUUUUAAAAAAUAUUACAAAAUAUCUGAAUUGUGACGAAAAUCCGCGUCUCAAAGCAACUGAGAGAAAACUCAGCUUCAACAAAAUCCAAAACCGAUUAUUUUUCACUGAAUUUUUGUAUUCUUUUGGAAUUGUGAUACUCCAAGAUUUUUGAUAUUCGAGCAAUUCGAGAUGUGACCAAAAAGGCGAAAAGUUUUUCAAGCUAUCACAAUUGGACAGCCAGUAUUGAGAAUGUUUCUAUUCACUUCUCAGCGCGUAUACUCUUUCAUUUACUUACUAUUACCGACAGUGCGUUCCCCUGCCCCCCAGCUCUCCAUCCGAAAAAUCUUCGCGAUCCUCUUCGUGCUAAUGUUGUAAAUAUAAAUUCACACGGAGCCGGAGCCUGCGUGAUCACGCAGGCUCGGGUUGCAAAAUCAAAACGCACGAAGCCGAAGAUUCUUUGCUCGCAUUUUCCCGUCCUCCCUCUGCGCCCUUUAAUUACCUUGUGUAUCGUUAAGUAUUUUCGUUUUAAGGAGCAACAAAGCCUUAAGGUUAUUCUUACUCAUUCUAGUCUUUCGACGCGUCCUGGAGUAGCGAUCGAUGAUAUUAUCGCACGGGAGACCACCUCGACUCUCAGCAUUUCCCGAGAGUGUGAUAUUUAAUUUUUUUUUCUCUCUUUUUUGUCUCUUUUCUUGUUUACUUAACAAACAAGUAACGAUUAUCGGUACAAGUUCGUUUUGAUGUUCGUCCCCGUUUGAUUAAUCGGUGAUCGAAAACGCUCCAAUUUUGUCAAACGAUUCAUUCCGUCCGGGGAUCAUGUUUUAAUUGUGCUCAUUCACACUCCUUCCUCCCCAAAUCACAAUUCCUUGUUCUCUGAAUGAAAUUAAUAUCGUGAUUGUACAUCGGUCGAUUUAAGAAUUCGACGAUUCUCGACGACUCGAACAUUGAAACGUAUUUUAGACUCAACUAUUGUAUGAAGGACACACCUUUUUGUCAAUAAAUGUUAUUGUAUUUUAAAAAA